GUUAUAAUGAUAUGCAAGCUGUGUGUGUGUGUGUGUGUGCGUGUGUGUGAGGUCUGAUGGCGCAGCAUGGGCCCACAUCACAAGCAGCAGGAAAGCUCCCCUGCUGCAUCAGGCCACUGAGGGUCAAGCCAGCCAUUAAAGAUGUGGUAUUUAUUGCUUAACCUUUAACUUUUACACAGGUUUCCUAAUAAGUGCACUUGAAGGAUGAUUUAGUACAAUUUCAAGUAGUGAGGAUGAGUAGAGGCGCUGUAUUGCCAGUAGUAGUGAAGCUUCGGACCAGGGUAUCGACGGAGGAAGCAGGGUUGAGUGGAGGCACGCUGCGGGUUGUGCACAGGCCUGGUCUGCCCUCGUGGUGGUGGCCAUACCAGCUGGUGAGUACUCGUGGUCUGUAGAAGUACUGGUGUGGUGGGUUAUACUGGUGGUGUGCGAGGACGCUGUGUUGCGAGUUGCUGCAGCACCGGCAGGAGAUUGUUGCCUUGUUCGUUGUUCAGUUGUUCAGGUCUCCAUGAAAAUUGUUUGUUUGCAAAUACGUAGAGUUAUGAUAGUGUUUCUGUCACUGGCAAGGAAGGUGUAGGUGGAUGAGCAGCAGCACGGCACAACACUUGGCUGUGAGAGGGCGUGACUGGCUGAGCUGCUGUGCUUAGGUCGUUUACUCGUCGUGAUGAAUUGUUAAGUAGACGUGGUGUGGAUCCUGUGCAUGGAGAUUUGUUACGGAGGGAAGACUGACUUUGCCUCAUGAUAUAAAUUAUGUAGUUAGAAUGUCAGCGUUUCAUUGCUUCACUGCCGGGGUCAUUCAGUGUACGAGUAUCUUUGUUUCAUUAGUUCCUGCUUCAGUUAAAUGGUGAAUGCAUCACUGCGCCAUCUUUCUCCUGAUCACAGUACACCUGGGGCCGUUUUCUUCACGAAGUUAUGCCAUGUGUCACAGCUAUGGCAGAUGCGUGUCAUGACUCAGAACGUUCAUCACAAGUCGUGUGUCAUAAGUUGCGACUGAGCACUGAGCAGCGCAACCGUCUAUCGUAAUGGUCUGCUGUAUGUAACGCUUGCAGAUAUUAAAAGACAAACCAAAAGCUGCCAUUUGUUGCUAAUUUAUGGUUUCUGUAAAUAUUUCUUUCGUUUUUAUGUACUGGAAGAAGAGACAAAGUGGGUAAAAUAAUAAUUCAAUCUCUGAAAUACUGGAAAUGUGAUCCCGUGGGAACGUCUCAGAGUAACCAAACAGUUUCGAAUGGCGGGCUGGCAAGGCGGCUCUCUGGACGACCCCACGGUCUUCACUACUGCACAACUGCAUUUUCCCAGUGCCAUUUUCUCAGCAGCAAGACAUCUAAGUGUUAUGAUCACCUUCAUUUCAGAGCAAAAUGUUCAUCGGCGGCUUAAGCUGGCAAACUACAGCAGAGGGACUGCGAGAAUAUUUUAGCAAGUUUGGUGAUAUUAAUGAGGUGAUGGUGAUGAAAGACCCGACAACUCGCCGUUCAAGAGGGUUUGGCUUCGUUACGUUCAGUGAUCCGUCGAGCGUAGACAAGGUGCUCACGCUGGCCGCUCACGAACUGGAUGGCAAGAAGAUUGAUCCCAAAGUUGCGUUUCCUCGACGCGCCCAUCCUAAGGUACGUGUGUCCGUGUGUGUGUGUGUUCGUGUGUGUGCGUGCGUCCGCGCGUCCGUCCUCCCCCACACGUGUCUUAAAGGUAACUUAUUGUACUGUUGGGGAAAUUAUUAGCUUAAUAUAAACUUAUACAACCUGACUUAACCUAACCUAACUUAACCUAACCUAACCUAACCUAACCUAACCUAACCUAACCUGACUUAACCUAACCUAACAUAACCUAACCUAACCUAACCUAACUUUACCUAACCUAACCUAACCUAACCUAACCUAACCUAACUUUACCUAACCUAACCUAACCUAACCUAACCUAACCUAACCUAACUUUACCUAACCUAACCUAACCUAACCUAACCUAACUUUACCUAACCUAACCUAACCUAACCUAACCUAACCUAACCUAACCUAACCUGACCUAACCUAACCUAACCUAACCUAACCUAACCUAACCUGACCUGACCUGACCUAACCUAACCUAACCUAACCUAACUUUACUUAACCUAACCUAACCUAACCUGACCUGACCUAACUUAACCUGACGCUACCUGACCUUACGUAUUUUUGUAAAGGAAGUAAAAUUAAAAAGAAAAUAAUAACUAAGAAUUAAGAUAUGCAAAAAGUAAAAAUUAAGAAAAAAAAUAUAAAUAUAAAAAAGAAAAAAAAAUAAUAAAUAUAAGAAGUAAGAAAAGUAGAAACAAAAAAAUAAAAAUCGAAAAGUAAAAGUAACGAAAAAAAAGAAAACGAAAAAAAAAUAUAUAGAAAACGGGGAGAGAGGAGAAUGCAGAUUUCCCAUUUGGCAGCGGCUCCCUUUCCUCAGCCAUUGGUUAAUUUGGUUAGGCCUAAAAUUUGUGGUGUAGGCCUCUCGUGGGUGACAUUCUUAAUUAACUUAUUUUCUUUAUUUAUCUUGUUUCACUCUUUUUGAUUUUCCUUGAUUUUUUGUUGAUGUAUAUUUAAUUUAGUUUAAUUGAUACAAGUUUGUGUAUGAGUAACGAAAUAGUAGUAGUAGUAGUAGUAGUAGUAGUAGUAGUAGUACUAGUGGAAAGAGAAAAUAAGUACACUGAUUUAGUAGUAAAAAUAGAGAAAAAUUGUUGCAAUCCUAGUAGUAGUAGUAGUAGUAGUAGUAGUGGAAAGAGAAAAUAAGUACACUGAUUUAGUAGUAAAAAAUAGAGAAAAAUUGUUGUAAUCCUAGUAGUGGUAGUAGUAAUAGUAGUAGUAGUAGUAGUAGUAGUAGUAGUAGUAGUAGUGCGGGUGUAUUUGAAACGCGUAUGAAUCUGGAUUUGACAAGUCAGGACGUGUUGAUUAUUGUCAUUAUCUCUCUCUCUCUCUCUCUCUCUCUCUCUCUCUCUCUCUCUCUCUCUCUCUCUCUCUCUCUCUCUCUCUCUCUCUCUCUCUCUCUCUCUCUCUCUCUCUCUCUCCACAAUGGUAUCACUCAUAUAUCACUGUAAUUCUCAUUUAUGCUACAGCCUAACAACACCCACGCACGCACACACGCGCGGACACACACACACACACACACACACACACACACACACACACACACACACACACACACACACACACACACACACACACACACACACACACACACA